ACAACACAUCCGGCCCGGCUGUCGUUGGUCGCUAGUGAAAUGAGCUUUGUUUUGAAUAGAAAGCUACUUCUCAGCUGAUUUAAAACAGGAUGGCAGAGGAGGCAGACACCGGUGUUUCUUCGCGGGCUGAGAGAAAAGCAUUAGAAAAGGCCAAAAUACUACAACGGGAAAGCGAGAGGAAGAUCUUCAGACUGGUUGGACGAGUCCUGAAGAAACCGGAGGCUGAGCGGUCAGAGGAGGAGGCCUCUGUGUUACUGCUGCACAGAGACACUGUGGAGGAGCACUGCAAGAGACAAGUCCGCAGAAAUGUGCUCAAGAGGAAGCAGGAGGAGGUGUUUGAUGAUGCUGAUGAGCUGAAAAGUAAAGUCAGACAGCUGGCUGCGGCAGUCAAACAAGCAAAUCACCUGGUGGUUUACACUGGAGCCGGGAUCAGUACUGCAGCUUCUAUCCCAGACUACAGGGGUCCUAAUGGGGUGUGGACACAGCUGCAGAAAGGACGGACAGUCAGUUCAUCUGACCUGAGCAAAGCAGAGCCAACCCUCACACAUAUGUGUAUUAGGAUGCUACACAAGGAAAAGAUGGUAAAACAUGUCGUGUCCCAAAACUGUGAUGGACUUCACCUGCGCAGCGGUCUACCCAGAAAUGCCCUGUCUGAGCUCCAUGGAAACAUGUUUAUUGAGGUGUGCACGUCCUGUUCCCCAGUCAGGGAAUAUGUGCGGUUAUUUGAUGUGACGGAGCGGACAUCGUUGCACCGGCACGGGACAGGCCGCACGUGCAUGCACUGUUGCGGCGAACUCAGGGACACUAUUGUACACUUUGGGGAACGCGGGACCCUGGAGCAACCUCUCAACUGGAAGGGAGCCGCAGAGGCUGCCAAGAUGGCGGAUGUUAUCCUGUGCUUGGGCUCCAGUCUGAAGGUGCUGAAGAAAUACGCUUGUCUGUGGUGCAUGAACAGACCAGCUAGCAAAAGACCCAAACUCUUCAUUGUCAACCUCCAGUGGACACCGAAAGAUGAUCUGGCUUUGCUGAAAAUUAAUGGAAAGUGUGAUGAUGUCAUGAGCCUCCUCAUGGAGGAGCUGAACUUACAGAUUCCUGUGUAUAAACGGGCAGAGGAUCCUAUUUUCUGUCUAGCCACACCUCUGCGACCAGAGGAGGUGAACAGCCACACCCGAGAGGUCAUAGCUCCUCCUGAUGGGCAGCAGGACCGCUCAGCUGACCCUGGGAGACAAGCAGAAGAAGCCACAGCUGUGCAGGGAGGCUGGUUUGGGCGAGGCUAUGGUAAAGGAAGGAAGAAGAAAAAAGCUACAUAACUGACAGAACUUUACAGAUUGCAUACAUUGUGGCCAAGUACUUUGCAGCCGCAGUAAUCAAUCCUAAUGAGGGAUUCAGAUUUCAGUCCCAUGAUGGGGACAAGUUGGACUUGAAUUUUCAGGGUGCUGUUGUGUCUUUUUGGCUGCAUUAGUAUGGUUUUGCCACAUGCACUGAGUGUUUGUGUGAAUAGACAAAUAAAUAGGAGAUCUGCCAUUUGAAAAUGGCACUUUGCACCAUGAACUUAUUAUUUUGUACAACAUGCAGUUUUAAGUAUCAGGAUUUAAACAUGUUUUUUGUUAUGCUUCUCAUGCUUCCAUCUUUAUGGCAGCUGAGUUACCCGGGUUAGUCAGAGUUUAGUCACAAUAGGAGGAAGUAGUGACAAGUUUUGAAUCCACUCCUUGAUCAGUUUCUCUAAUGACCCUCAGUAUAUCAUAAAUGUGGCAUAAUGUUUUUAUAGCCAUGUUUGAAACAUAUAGGUGCUGAAGGAUUUUUGGUGGAAUAUCACUUUAAAUUCUGUUUAAUGGGUGCAUUAUCAUAACUAGUUUAGUAUGCAAAAUGCAGCUGAAUUGAGCAUUAGCUAAAGGCAAAUGGCCAUAUAAUACUGGUGUCUAAAGUGCAAGUUCCUGUAUACAUGCUCGUGGAAAGUGUUAUCUAUCAGUGAAACACGAGUGACUUAAGUGUUUAUGAGUAGCAAAUGCCAGCAGAACAACAGCCGGAUACCAAAGGCCAGUUUUUGGAUUCUGUGCUGCCACAGCUUUUACUGAGAAGAGAUUUAAAAAAAGACUGAGGAGGUCAGACUUUUACUACAUUCAUUCAUAAACAAAAAUUUAUUUUUAUAGUCUUUUUCAGACAUUUAAACUUGUAUUGUUGAAUGUACGUUUUUCAACAGAGCGUAUUCUUGUUUUUUUAUUUUUUAUGUAUUUUGGUUUACUUAAAUUAUUUCCUGAACUCACACUCAACCUUCACUCUGCUGUCACCCAUCCUCAGGUUUGCAGGUUACGUAGUACAGCUACUACUGUACUUUGGUUUACUGAAGUUGUUGAAUUUGUUUAUGUUUACAUUUUUUAAAUCUUGUUUGUUUACAGCUCUGUAGAAGGAAAGCUGAGUUUUGAAUUUUGACUUAAAUUUUGAUUAGUUCUUUGUGUCAGGUUAUGUUACUGUUACCUUGGUAAUAGAAACCACCAAAUAGGUGUCUCUAUUGAUUUGUCUCAGGAAGAUCCAGUAGUAUUAAUGAUCACAUCCUGUACCAUAGUAUCAGAAGUUGUGAAAGGCCAGACUAGCCACGAUAAGCUAGUGCUCAUCAUUCCUGAAACUCAAGCCAGUGCUAAAACUGGAUGUGAAAACUCCUUUGUUGUCUCGAUAUUGUGUAAAGAAGUUGUUAUAUUUGUAAGACAAUAAAGUGUUUCUCAUAUUAAA